AUGUCCAGUCUAUUGUACGCUUCGUUGGCUACUGUGGGUGUCGGUGCGUUGUUUGCGGUGCGGCCCUCGAGGGAGAGUGACUCCGCGUUGUGUAGAGUGCGGCGCGGGGUCAGAGACGACACGUACGCCCUGUACCGUGCCCUUUUCUGCGGCCGGUCUGUCGCUCCCUACAGACCCUUGAGGCGUGUUGGGUCGGGGAAGUCUGUGUUUGAGGACGGGUUUAGUGAGGUGGAGAGGGCGAAAGCUGUGGCUAUCGAACAGUACGAUAGGGUCAACAGGAGGUACAACGAGUUGGUGAAGCAGGGGAAGGAUGCGGCUGCGGAUACGCUGGAGCAGGUGAGAAGGGAGCUGGAGGACAAGCGGAGUAAGCUCGAGGAGGUGUCCCGCAAGUUCGAGGAGUUUGGCGGCGGGGACAUAAACAGCGUUGUUGAUGAGCAGGUCGGUGCUGCGAAACAGACCGCUAAGAAGUGGUGGGACCGCGGGAAACAGGCCGCGGAGCCCGCUGUGGACUCUGCGGUCGCGAAGGGACUGCAGGGGUGGGGCGACACAGCGGCGGAUUUCGCACGUGAGGAGGCCGCAGAAUCUGCAGAACACGUCAAGCGUGCCGCUUCAGGGGCCGCAGAUACAGUGAAACAGGCCGCCGGAAGUGUAGGCAGUGCAUUGCAACCAGCCACAGACACCAAACCAAGUUCCGAGCUAGAACAACUCAAGAGGAUCAGCAAGAAGGGGUGGUUCUCAAGCACGGAGGAGUUGAAUCCAGAGGUCACAAAAUCCUCUUGGAAGGGACUGGAAGGUUGGGGGGACACCGCUGCGGAGUUCGCCCGUGAGGAGUACGAGGACGCCAAGAAGACGAGAAAGUGA